UAACCUACCUCAUUUUGUUCUUCUCACUAUUCACAUCAUUUCUAAUGAUUACACUACUUGUCGAAAAUUAAUAAUAACGCCACAAUAGGCCUGGGAAUGCACAGCGCUCUCAACUUUUUUCUAAGUCCAUAGGUAAACAUAAAUGGUGUAUUGUUGCCUGAACUUCAGUUGUUUAAUGCUUUGAAUUGUGGGUAGCUGCUGGAUAGGAUCACUGUGUCUCUAAUUCCUCGGGCCAAUCACGUGCUACCACCACUUAACACCACGAGUUGCACCAAUAGGAAGCCUCUAUAAGUACCCAUAAGCUGCGCGGGCAGGUGUGUGCACACCGCUUCCGGUCACUUCCGCCAUGGCUACUGUUGACGUUAUUUGUGCUGGUUGCAAAUUUGAUUAUUGGCUCUUCAUCGCUACGUUUCACCGCAAAGACGACUUGUGCUACCAGUUCUUGAGGGAACACGGCGUUUUACCCACUGCAGUCGAGUGUCCCGAGUGCCACACGCCGUGUAAGCUGCGCAGUGACAGGCGUGUGUGGUAUUGCGGCCGGUACCGCAAGCUGCCGAAAAAGAAGCGCAGUAAGCAGUGCAACUUCAGCGUUUCUGACUUAAAAGGAACUUUCCUGGAAGGAACGCAUCUUCCUGCGUGGCAGCUGGUGCUAUUUUGUAAUCACUGGCUGCAAAAGCAGUGGGACCACGCCACUGUAUUCGAGUGUCUCCAGUGGUCUCCUAACACUAGUGUCGACUGGCGGAGUUUCUGUUCAGAGGUGACUCUCGACUGGCUGAAAAACCAGCAGCCAAUUGGUGGUGACGGUGUAAUUGUAGACAUUGACGAGACCUAUUUUGUGAAAAGAAAGAACAACAAAGGUCGCAAUCUCAGUAGUGUGUGGCUGUUUGGGGCAAUCGAGCGUGUCACCAAAAACAAGUUCAUCGUCCCCUUACUUGGAAAGCAGCGAGACAGAAGUACGGCAACACUGAUUCCUAUCAUAAAGAAAUACAUUUUGCCAGGAAGUACAAUCGUAAGUGACGGAUGGAAAGCCUACGAGUUGCUGGGAGACGAAGGCUUCACUCACUGGGUCAUGAACCACUCUGAGCACUUUGUGGACCCUUCAGACGCCCGUGUACAUACCCAGAACAUUGAGAGGCUCUGGAGGGACCUAAAAGAGUGGACCAAGCGACCUGGUAUGCUGAGUGAGUACUUCGAACAGUACUUCUGUCGCUACCUUUUCCUUAAGGAAAAGUACGAAGACCGUCACCACCAAUUCUUUCUUGCUGCUGGUAGAUUGUACAAGCCUCAGUCGACACGCCAGCGCCCUCUGCCCGCCCUUGCUGACACUGCCUGUGAUACUCAUGGGGAGGAUGACCCACAGCCAGGACCUUCGUCGUCUAAUUAAGACAAAAGUGAAGUAAAAAUCAAUAUAAACUUAAAACGAAGAAAAUAAUAAUGAAAAAAAAAAAAGGUCAAAAGACAAAUAUGAUAAACAUACCCAACGUGAGGUGUCAACACUAUGACCGAGACUGAGACCAAGCCAUUGUAUGAGGACGCGGAGAGCGUCGUAUGGAGGUGACGAUGCAGCACCACAUUCUCGCCAGGGUGCUGUGCCUCCUGCUGUCGGUGGUACUGCUCUCGUGUGGUCCCAUGCUCAUGUGGGAGGCAAAGGUAUCGCCGUCUGGAAGGAGAUUCCUUCAGUCCCGAGAGGAGGAAGUGUGGGCACGGCUGGAGGGUCCUUUAGAGGCAGACGACCCUCAAGUCCUGCUGAUCCUCAAACAAAACUUUCUUGCGCCGCCAUCCUCUCUGCCUUAUAACUUAUCGGGUCCCCUGAAACAGAUGGGAAGCCGUGACUUCAGCUGGCCCUGGAUACAUGAACAACUACUGAGGCUGUUUGGGAAGCAGCUUGGCGGCUUCUUCGUUGAGGCCGGGGCGUUGGACGGUGAGUACUUGUCCAAUACACUGUGGAUGGAGCGGCGCCUCGGUUGGACAGGGCUGCUGGUAGAACCUGAUGAAGAGAGCUACAAAAUGUUAAUCUCAAAGCAUCGCCGAGCCUGGACCUCCAACACGUGUCUCUCAAAGGAGGGCUUUCCCAGGAGGACGAUCCUGGUGUCGCGGAGAGUGUUGAAAGGCACCCCGCAUGAGGACUUCGGGUGGGCGUUCCGGGGCCAGACGCACGAGAUGGGUGUAGACUUCCCGAACAAGGAGUCCCUGGAGCUUAUGACAGACUCGUGGUAUUCCAAGGUGCAGUGCUUUCCUCUCCUCUCUUACCUCUUCGCUCUUAACGCCACCACCGUCGAUCUCCUUUCACUCGAUGUCCAAGGAACCGAGACUGCUAUCCUUCACACCUUGCUUGCCUCCUCCCGAGUCUCGGUAAGAGUAAUUGUAGUCGAGGACGAAAAGAAGACCUUCGACCACGCCUUCAUGGCUACGCAUGGAUAUGUGCUGGUGGCUUCUGACCUCGAUCACGUGUAUGUUAAAAGGGGUGAUCCAGCACUCAGCGGCGUUAAUGUCACCGCGACCACUGCAGUCACUGAUGCUGUCACCACGACUGCUGCCAACUACACCUCCUUUGUUACUGCUACCACUACCACCGCCCAAGCAGCAAAAUGACGCAAAUGAGUCCAGAAAUUAAUGUACAAUUUACGUGUGGGUAUGAGAGGAGAGGGGGGGGAUGGGUAAGUGGAGUGGCCAAUUAUAAGAUUAAAAUUAACAAUAAAUAAAAUGUCCACUGAGGGUUGAUUAACAGGUUAUAUUUCAUCCACACAAA